AUGCACGUCGUUGGUGGUGACGGCAUUGUUGGUGCCUCUGGUCUGGGUGUUGUCAUUGUCGUUGCUGGGGGCAUUGUUGUUGUCGUUGCUGGGGGCAUUGUUGUUGUCAUUGCUGGGGGCAUUGUCAUUGUCUUCAUUGCAGAUGUUGGCGUGGGUGUUGUCUUCAUUGCUGGUAUUGGUGUGGGCGUUGUCGAAGGUGUUGGCGUGGGCACUGGGGUUGUCGUUGCUGGUGUUGCUGCUGGUGUUGUUGGUGUUGCCGCUGGCGUCGUUGGUGUUGCUGCUGGUGUCAUUGGCAUUGCUGCUGGUAUUGGCGUUGGCGUCGUCUUCGUUGUCGUCCUCAUCCCCAUUGCCGCUGUUGUUGUCAUCCCCACUGGUGCUGCCUGUGCCGCUGUUGUUGUUGUCCCCACUGUUGUUGUUGUCCUGGGUGUUAUCGUCGUCCUCGCUGUUGGCAUUGUUGCCGCUGUUGUCGUCGUUUUCGCUAUUGCUGCUGUUGUCAUCAUUGGCGCUAUUGGCGUCGUUGUUGUCCUUGCUCUCAGAGGUGGGGCUGUCAUUCUCAUUGGCACCAGUGGGGUCGUUAUCACUGGUGUCGGAGGUGUCGUCCUCGUCGCCCAUGCGUUCGUUGACAACGCUCCCUGGCGCGAUGCGGUGGUAUCGCAUAUGCGUUCGGGGGGGGGUCAACAGUAA